ACUGGUCGUAGGUCACGUGUUUUCCUCGCGCUAGACGAAGAUAAUUCAUCCGACAAAUCUUACACCCCUGAGCCCAUCGCCAUGUUUGAGAGGGAAUCAAAUCAACAGGAAACACAAUUCUUUUCUUUUCCUUGCGAUUAGCUAGCGAGGUGGUCUGUUGGUCGGUGAGGUGCUGGUCGUCCUCACAGAACUCACAGCUGUUCUCACACCCUCUCCUCCCUCUCUCUCUCUCACUCACGUGACAUCUUCGUUAAUUUUUAAUCCUCCAUAAGCCCAAACAGCGGGAUCGUUCACAUCGGGACUAGAAGUAGAUGUGUUACUGAUGUUGGCGUCGUUUCAAUUGCAUCCUUGUCUGCUUCCGGUCCACUCGCCCUCUGGCGACGCACUUGUCGUCUGGAGCUCGAGCGAACGAGGAAAGGACAAGGAAGACGUCACCGACACUUGCAAUGAGAUGUCACUGUCACGUGACUGACAAGUCACUGUAUGGAUUUUCCACUUUCCAGCUAACAGCUGCUUUGUGCGGAAGGAUACAUAUCAGGCAGGCAGUCGUCAGACUCGUCAAUGAAGCGUAGAGCAGACGUACACAGCGACGUAGAGCGACGUACACAGCACGUUACUUGGUGUGGUGAGCUACAAGUGUAUUAUCUACAAGUGUAUUCUCGACUGACGAGCUAAAUCGAAGAUUUAUGAAUCAAGAUUGUGAAUCGUCGACUCGAUGGUCGAGAUACCGGUACCUGUCAGGCCUGAGCGGUUGUGAGCCAGACUUGGGGCGAGCAGGUUCGCCUCGGUUUUUGUGUGUGUGCGCGUGCAGUGCUGUUUUGGGAUCACCAUAGAAACCGAUCCCUCCUGGCGGGAGCCUUAGUUCUCACCUGUGCCAAAGAGAGGUAAGUCUAUGAGCCGGGGCCGGGGCCGAGGGAGGCUGAAGUAGCUGGCGGUGCGCCUCACUGUGGUGGGGGGACCGAGAGGAGCAGGGGUCUGGACCUGCUGGCUGCCGAGUGCUACCAGGGGGGGUUGCCGGCGAGUGGAGAGGGUGCCGUGUUUGAUUCCAUCCUGCGACCGGCCUCUCCUGCCUUCUUUCAACAGAUCAAGGUCGAGGCUCGGAACAUUCUCCCAGGAGAAAACGACUGAGGGUCUUGCCGGUCAGGGAGGCUUGGCAGCGCUCCCCGUUUUCUCCUGCUCGUUGUGGUGUGUUUUCUGCAAGCAUCUUCUCGUCAGGAAGACCUUGUGCACAAAAUUUCGAAGUGAUUCCUCCAUAUUCACGCCUGUGGGUGCCAGGUACGAGGGACAGGUGCAGCGGACAUGCGGAUGGUGCGAGCCGGGAGGCCAGGGGGGACAUAGAGACUUGUCUGGGAGAGAAGGGACUGCAGAGAGUGUGGCCAGACUGCACCGCCAUCUUCGUAUCACCUGAACAUCGUCGCACCUUGCUGGCAGAAUGGAGGAGCAGACUGAGGUCAUUUGGUACAUCGGCACUUUGGAUGUACCGAGGCCCAGCAGCCGGGUGGAGAUCGUGGCUGCCAUGAGGAGAAUUCGGUACGAGUUUAAAGCAAAGGCCAUCAAGAAGAAGAAGGUAAUGCUGACCAUUUCUGUAGAGGGUGUCAAAGUGGUUCUGCGGAAAAACAAAAAGCAGAAGAACCAGUGGAACUGGGAUGAGAGUCGGCUGUUGGUCAUGCAUCAUCCUAUAUACAGGAUUUUCUACGUGUCGCACGACUCGCAGGACCUCAAGAUCUGGAGCUACAUCGCGCGGGACGGCCCCAGCAACGUCUUCAAGUGCAAUGUCUUCAAGGCCUACAAGAAGAGUCAGGCCAUGCGGAUCGUGCGCACCAUUGGUCAGGCGUUCGAGGUUUGUCACAAGCUCAGCGCCUCCACUGGCCCCAACUCCGACCUCAAGGAGGAGAGCAGCGAUCGGUCCUCCGAGGACAACGAACGUCGAGUGACGAAAAACAAGGAUGCAGAUAUUGUUGAAGAAAAAGAGCUGAACACCAAAAGUCAAAAUCAAUUCGAAGAGUCAGAAAAGAUUUCGCCGCCAACUGACUUGGCAUUGAAACAACAACUUCUGCACUCAGUGGGGGGCACAACCAUUUCCUCACCGCUGGGUUCUCCUGUAAUGCUGGGUGAAUGUGACCAGGACAACACACAGCUCCCACUCUCCACCCAUCAUCAGAUGCAGCUGUUGCGUCAGCAGCUGGAGCAGCAGCAGCACCAGACCCAAGUUGCUAUCGCACAGGUUCACCUCCUCAAAGACCAGUUAUCUGCUGAAACUGCGGCUCGAAUUGAAGCCCAGGCUCGUGCUCACCAGCUGUUGCUGCAUAACAAGGACCUGUUGGAUCAUGUGUCACAGCUUGUAAACCGCCUUCAAACUUUUGAAAUGAAGGCCACAGGCAUUUCGUCUGACUCUGAACUCAUUUUCCAAACUCCUCCACAGGUCCCCGUUUUACCAGACCCUACCACUCCACGUUCGGCACCUGUCUACAUGCCUGACUUUCGUGAUGCAGAGGAUAACUCCUACCUAAAUGCUGUCACAAAUAAUGCCACUUAUGAAAACACUAAGGCUGCCAGCUUAGAUGCUGAGUCACCUGACAGUGGUCACAAAGAGAUGUCCUCUGACAGUCUAUCUUUCAGCCUGGCACAUGCUGAUACAAAUGGCUGGUCACAUAACCUCAACAGCACCCCAUCUAAACAGAUUCCUUGCAAUCCGUUUGAAAGUAGUUUCAACCCCACCUCUGCUGCUUUGGACAGAAGGGAUGGGACCAGUGGAGACAAAGUGCAGAUCAUCACUCCACUUCCUCUGCAGGAUGCCAGCGGUAACAGACUAGACCUUAAGAUGAGUGCUUCAGCACCAAGAAUCGACCCACCUCCCCGUGUGCUGCGGGCCAAUCGCAGUAUGGACCGUUCAGAGAGAGGAAGCUGGUAUGGAGGUGCUAGUAUUUCUGGAGGAGUUUCCAUGCCAGCAACCUCUGUGUCCGACACAAAUGCUAAUUUCAAUGGCAGAACUAUGUUGGAUUCUGACUACUACUCCACUUGUGCCAGCAGCAGCAGUGGUGGUGUUGCUGUCAUUUAUCGUCCUCACAACAGCUACAACAGGGGCAACAACACCAAUCAUGUGGGAGCCCUGCGCUAUAGCGACAGCAGCACAAAAUCCUCCUUCUAUAGUGAAGGGAAUCGGGACAGCAUUGCCUCCAUCACAGCACUGCGUGAAAAGCUUGACCUCAGGGUCAAUGACCUAAACAAUGGACAAGUCCAUCACUUAGAUGGGAGGUGGAAAAUGAGGAUAAGUUAUACGUCUGAUGACAACAGUGACAACUCAGAAGACAUAAGCAUGACACCCACAAAAGAACCUGUUCAGAAAGCUGAAUUAGCUGCUCUUGAGGAGUUUGACAGUCUGUGUACCUGACCACUGCACAUCAGGUGACCCUGAGACUUUUCUGAGUAAUAUACUUCAUGGGGUAGUAGUAAGAUGGCCACAUGUGCUACGGCUCAAAUCAGCAUGUUCAUCUGUAAGCGAAUACAUGCAACUGGUCACAUGAUUUUACGAAGUACAAAAAAAAACAAACAGGUGCAUCGCUGCCAUUAACUAAGAAACAAAACACCCUACUUUCGCUUAAGAAAGGGAAGCAAUAAGGCUUCGACCUGUCUGUCAAAAUGAACUCCCUUUCUCCUAAUACACUAAAGAGAACAGCCGCUUUCAAAGGCAAUAUCCAGUCUUUUCUUUUUUUCGUCUUUGAUUUUCUUUGAAUCAUUCAGCAACUAUAAUCUUAGAUGCUUCUACAUUGUUGUCUUUUAAACACUAACUGAUAUUUUGUAAAGUUAUCUUUAGUGUUUCCAAAUGACUGAAGUGUUUAAUUACCUAUGUAUUAAUCUACAAGUAAAUGUUCAGUAGUUUUGUAGUAAAAAGUGAUCACUACAGUUAAACAAACAACAGAAAUUACCUUUGUAUUUCAUACCAGCAUUCUGCUUAUGGUAGCUCUGGGUAGAAAUAUCAGCCCUAAAAUAUAGCCUGUAGUAUAUGAGUCACAACACAGCUCACACCCUCCUAUCCUUCAGUGCGGAACAUCUAUACACUCUAAUGAAAAAAUCAGUUAGAAUUACAAAUAUUUUUUAAAAAUGUAGGCAGCAUGGUGUUACUUAAACUAUAUCAAAUAUAUAGAUUACCAUCUAUGCACACAGUGACUAACAGGUCACAGAAGCACAAUAA